AUGCUCAAACCGUAUUUGCCGCAAGGCGGUGGAAGCGAGUCGCCGCAGGAGGAAGCCAGUUUUAUGAGCUUCAGUCGCCCCCUCACCCCAGAGAACAAGUCAGUUACAGUCGCAGCAGACGCCACGCCCAGCGUCGAUAGCAGCCUUCCUGCGAGGCGGAGGCAGCUGUGGCUAAGCAGGGAAGGGCUGCACCAGGAAGGUUUCCUUUUAUACGGCCGUGCGACGUGCACAGUGGGGUCCGCGGCGGACUUGGAUGGCCGGCCACAGGGCGGAGUGAAUAGAGGCGUCAAGCAGAAGAGGGCUGCGUCUGCCAGCCCCACGCUCAACCAUUUGUCUGCACCUCACAACACCUACGGGGCUGCCGUGGCGCACGCCGCUCACGCCCACACAGGAGGCGGGUACAAUGGUGCGAGAGCGAGAGGCGUCGGCCCGCCUCCGCCACUAGCCGAGCGGUAUUUCACGCCUAAUGUCUUUGGUAUGGAGCACUUUACGCGUGGUUCGGAUGCAGUGCCGUUUGGCAGUGGCGUUGAAACGACCUUAACGAUGGCCGCCUGA